AUGCAUUGCUAUUCACAAUUCAUGAUCCAAGAAAAUAACUGUCUUCCUGAUAAUAACCUUUUGUGCUCUUGUGUUUCCAACAGUGGCAAGCCCACUUUGGACGGCACGAUCAUCGAUUCCUUGAAGUUCAGAGGAAAGUACAUGAUUAAACUUUUAUACUUUAUAAAUCAGAGAAGUAACGAAGGAUUCUGA